GUAGUGGAUUGGAUGUCAAAUAAAUGUCUGUCAGUCAGUCAUGAAAUAUUUUAAAAGUAAUUAAAAAAUUGUAAUUAAUACAUAAUUGUAGCUCUUGCAUUUUAUUUGUUAGUAUAAAUAAUAAAAGUUUCAGUACUAGACCAUGUUCAGGAACGUGUUGAUACCAGUUUCACGCACAAAUUUUCAGGUUAUUUCUGUUAGACAUAAACAGAUAAAACUACCGAAAGUCGAUAAAAAGUUGAAAGCAGCCGCUGAAUCUUUAGCCGCCCGAGGGUUUCUCCGACCAAACAAACCUUGGGACCCACCAGCUAACAUUGAGGAGACUAUUCUCAAAAUAUGUGCACAGAAAGGUCUCAAAGCAGAUGCCCAAUUUCAAGGAUUGGACAUCAAGUUUGACAUCCUCAAUGCCUGCUACAAAGAAACUGGCCACUCUGUUCCCAACUCUUUAUUACACACAAUAGAAUGUAUUGGUGACCUCAAGGAGUUUUAUAAAACACCAGUAGACACCAAAACACCAUAUGAUGCCUUGCUCAAAAUGGAUCUGCCGAAGAAUUUGCAUGUUCAAGAGAACUAUGUUCGCUUCCACCCUGAUAAAGACACCUUAUUCAAUGGAGUGUCAGCAUAUCCGAAGAGUUCCACCAUUGUGACUGGUCUUAGAUGGAAGAAGAAAUAUGAGGGAUACACUGCAAAGAGAUCCUGGCCUUAAAACUCUGAAUGUUUAUUGAUGUAUAGUAUAGUGUAUAAUAAAUUUUAUGUUGUUUA